UCAGGCUGACGGCAUAAGGGAUGGAGUUUGGAGCAGGUCACUUUUGUUAUCUUCAGCCUCCCCACACUCUCAACUUUGGUCCCUGAGAAAAAGUGCGACAUUUCAGAGUCUUCAGUGGAAUGGAAAUAAACUGCAUCAGUGCCUGAUUGUCUCUAUAGCAAUCCAACCUUUCCUGAAUGAGUGGGCUUAGGAUGGAGCUCUGAUACUGUACCCCAAGGCUGUUGGCAGGGACACUCUGACUAUUGAGGGAGAGCUGAGUGUCAGCAGAGAGAGAAGACAGCAGCCUCCCAGACAUCGAUCGUCCCAGAGGAAUUCCCAGUGCUGUUGCUCAAGGCAUCACCUGGUCAGAUGGAGAUCACCACGGGGGACAUGGAUGAGAAUGCCACCAACAUCUCCACCAACUUCCUUUCUGCGCUCAACCCCCAUGGGGCCCAAGCUGCUUCCUUCCCUUUCAACUUCAGCUAUGGUGACUAUGAUAUGCCCUUGGAUGAAAAUGAGGAUGUGACCAAUUCCCGGACUUUCUUUGCUGCCAAGAUUGUCAUUGGCAUGGCCCUCGUGGGCAUCAUGCUGGUCUGUGGCAUUGGCAACUUUAUUUUCAUCGCUGCCCUGGCCCGCUACAAAAAGCUGCGCAACCUCACCAACCUGCUCAUCGCCAACCUGGCCAUCUCUGAUUUCCUGGUGGCCAUUGUCUGCUGCCCCUUUGAAAUGGACUACUAUGUGGUACGCCAGCUGUCCUGGGAGCAUGGCCAUGUCCUGUGUGCCUCUGUCAACUACCUACGCACUGUCUCUCUUUAUGUCUCCACCAAUGCCCUGCUGGCCAUUGCCAUCGACAGAUAUUUGGCCAUUGUCCACCCGCUGAGACCCCGGAUGAAGUACCAAACAGCCACUGGCUUGAUCGCCUUGGUGUGGGUGGUGUCCAUCCUCAUCGCCAUCCCUUCGGCCUACUUCACAACUGAAACGGUCCUCGUCGUUGUCAAGAGCCAGAAGAAGAUCUUCUGCGGCCAGAUAUGGCCGGUGGACCAGCAGAUCCUCUAUAAGUCCUACUUCCUCUUCAUCUUCGGCAUAGAGUUCGUGGGCCCCGUGGUCACCAUGACCCUGUGCUACGCCAGGAUCUCCCGGGAACUCUGGUUCAAGGCGGUGCCUGGUUUCCAGACGGAGCAGAUCCGGAAGCGGCUGCGCUGCCGCCGGAAGACGGUCCUGGUGCUCAUGUGCAUCCUCACCGCCUACGUGCUGUGCUGGGCGCCCUUCUACGGCUUCACCAUCGUGCGCGACUUCUUCCCCACGGUGUUCGUCAAGGAGAAGCACUACCUCACGGCCUUCUACGUCGUUGAGUGCAUCGCCAUGAGCAACAGCAUGAUCAACACCCUGUGCUUCGUGACCGUCAAGAACAACACCAUCAAGUACUUCAAGAGGAUCAUGCUGCUCCACUGGAAGUCGUCUUACCGUGGGAGUAAGUCCAGCGCAGACCUCGAUCUCAGAACCACGGCGGUGCCUGCCACGGAAGAGGUGGACUGCAUCAGGCUAAAAUAACCGGAUGGACCUUUCAGAGUCAAGACACGGACAUGACCUUUGGCCCAGGGCCCAGUGUGCUUAGAUACACACUAUCAACCAAGCGCUUCUGGUUUGCCACCGGGGGCAGAGUGCAUGGAUGACUGGGUGAACGCUGUUUUCUAGGAGCUCAGAUUUUUUUUCUGAAAGUCAAGUGACUGACUAGACCACCAUUACCAGUGACUGACAUUCAUUAAACAUCUAAUUUGUGCAAAGAUUAGGCCCUGGUGAAGCCUAUCUAUGUUGAUAACAUUUGAUUGUCAAAAAAGAAAUAGGGAUUGAUUACACCAAGAAAAAUGUUAGGGCACACACAGCCUGGAAUAAGGGCCUUCCAGCAGGCAACCCAAGUGGGCACUAGGACUGUGGUUCAUGUGUUUGUUGGGUGAGGGUCUCGCUGGACCAUCUCAGCUACUCACCAGACACCGACGUAGCCAAUCUCUAGGGUGGUUCUUAGGCUUGGUUCACUCCUAACAUUUGUGGGGUUGGGGCCAGAAUACAAAACAGCCUCCUGAUUCUUUCUUCAACCCUUGUCUUCUCUUCCCUGCUUUUGACUCACAGGGAAGCAUGAGGAGCCUUACAUAUAUGCACAUGAACACCCCAGUCUGCAUGGCCAAGUUUUGUCCAAGCCCUCUUCCCCCAAUCGCCCCAUACCCACCCCUCAGGCUUAGGGCUGUGCCCAGAUAGGGGCUCAUCGUAAGUAAGAGGGACCUGGGCAAGAAGCCACAUAGACCCUGGAAGCCAUUUGGACAGGAAAUGAUGGGGUUUUAAGUACCUGGGACAAGUCAAGAGGGGAACGCCUUGGCUCAGGAUGGGUACGUUCCCUUGGCUCAAGGAACUUCUUGCCCCAUAGGAAGGGGCACAAGUAGAGGACCUCUGAAACUGUGUGCGGCUCAGGACAGGGGCUCAGGUUCUCUGGGCCUAAGGGUGAUAUUGCUUCCUACCUCUCAGGUAUUCUGGCUUGGACCAGUUAGGCUUCUCCUUAAAGUUUUCUCUUCUCACGUUUCUAGAUUUUGAAGCAUAGAAUUUUUGAAAGUAGACACAAAACCUCGUGGAUGCGGCUAUCAGCCAUUUUUUCAUUCCCACCAGCUCACUCUCAUUGUUAUGGUUUGAGGGCAAGAUGUCCUUGUCAUUGGUGCCUGAAUCCCAUCAUAGUCUUUAUCACUUUGGAUUAAAACUUGAUUCUCUUUUAAAAUGGAGGUAUUCUUAGAGGGAUAACCCAUCAUAGUUCCACUCUUCAGUGUGAAUGAAGGCAUGCAGUCCAAUGGCAAGAAGCUCAAUGGUAGAGCCCUGGACACUCAGGAAAGAAAAGGACAUACAAGUGACUUGGGGGGUGGGGGGCAAUAAUGAGAUUCAAUGACUCCACAGGCUUAUUGGGAGCUCAUCCCAGUUUCUAACCACCUCCUUUGGUGUGUGGAAUUUUGAAAUUUGGAAUUUUGGAGCCAGAAGAUCGGUUUCAGCCUUGGUUCUGUCACCAGUGUGAUUCUGGGUAAAGCCUCUUGGAGGGGAUGAACACAAUAUCUGUGAUAGCUGCCAAUGAGCUGGUUGUGAAGAGCCAAUGAGAUAAUAUGUGGAAGAACUCUUUCUACCACACAAGUAACCAAAAGAGUGGACUAAUAACUGUGUGUAGUGUGCCUGGACAAGUACAAACUUGUUGCCUUGGGUUUUGUAUCUAGAAACCUCACCAUCUUCCUCUUUAAUUAUUCUUUGUGGAAAUUAUUCCCUUAUACCUCUUAGUAGUGCUACACACAUUAUUUUCUUAAUAACAGGUUGAUACAACAAAUUUGGUGGUAGAAGUGUAAAAGGAAGUGGUAUAUCAGUCUCCAGUCAGAAGAUGAGUUCAGGGUUUUAAAAACUUUCAAAUCAAAGCAUCUUUGUGAUUAUGGACGUAUUGACCAUCUUCCUAUCCCAGCCAGCAUGAUUGUGGGCAAUGUGACAUUUUUUUUCUCAAUCUGUUUUUGUUCUCAUGAGUGUGUACAGCUAUAGAACUGACUUGUCCUUUUCUUCUCAAAUAAUUCUAGAGCAGCACAUUUAUAAUGCAAUUUAUGUGACACCUGUAUGUCGUUUCCCCCUCCAAAUAUAGUUAACUAUUUUUUGCAGCAAAGUUUAUUUUUUUAUAGGUAUUUUAUUUCCCUGGAAGAUACAUUUCAAAAAUCUAUUUUCCCCAUUCAUCAUCUAGCAGAUUUACACUAAAGUUUAAUCAGAAUAACCUCAGAGAAUGAUAACCAAUUAAAAUAUUAGCCUAAAUCCAACAUGACUUGGAAGACAAUUCUUACUCUUUAUAAAACCAUGUAUUGCAUUAUAAAAUCAGGAAAGUUAGUUUUUAGACUAAAAAUAAUAAAAUAAUGAUAGAAUUUGCUGUAUGUUAACCUUUUCCAUAAGAAUGCUAAAAAACGUUUGGCUAUAUUAAAUAGGAGCUUUUUAUAUGUGACAACCAACCCUCUUUCUGCUUUUCAGCCUAAAUUAUAUCAAUUUUUCACUCAUUUAUCUAUACUAUUUCUAGAUAUUGUGCCUG